AUGCACACGCAUCUCAAAGAACCCAAACCGCUUGACAGACAUAUUAUUCGCAGACAUAAUAUGCGCGAACAGAUUCUCAUCAUACACCAUCUGCGGACAUUUCUCGUUGAUCGGGCAGAAUCCAAGGUGGAGAGUGGGAAACGAAUUGAAAAUUUAAAGUCUGCAUUUGCACUCUUUCAACACCCCAACCACAACCACAACCUGAUAAAAGCAGCUGUAAAUCUCAAGUAUCAGGAAUACUACGUAAAUGUCGUGCUUGCAGUAAUACAAGCCAAGAGUGGAACGAGUGGGGAGGAGCUGCCGAGUGCGGAAGUUUCGCAGGUUAUGAGGCUUUUUAUAUGGGUUUUGGGGGACUGGGACGAAUAUGGGUUUGUAUACAGUCGUAAUAAUAUUGAAAAACCUGGUCGCCGUCCACCGCCGCCUGAGUCCAGCUCACGUCAAUUGCAGUUUGAUAUACCGAAUGGCAGCAUGUUUCGUUCAAAGUCAGCCAGCUGA